AUGAAAAUCGGGUACCGGAAAAAGAUACCCAGCGGGUCUCGGCAGAUACCUUUAUGGGGCGGCGCCCCAAGCAAGUAUCUAAAAAGAACGGGGUGGCUGCCAGACCAUGGUCAACUGAUGCAGUAUGACGGCCGCGGAGGCCACCUCGGCACGCGUGGCAUCGACUGGUACGACCGAAUCUGGCAGCUCCUGCGGCAGCCAGCUUGGCCUGAUCUCGCGCGUUUGACACCGCUCAAAAAAUUCGCUGCGUUAGCGCAAUUUCGCGCAAGGCGCAUUUACUCUGCAAGGCCGCCCUGCUCCCUGGCGCGAUCCUCUGGAAGGCGGCGAACGCGCUCGCUGCAGAACAAGCUGACGCGGGCCCAGUACCACCUCGAUGAGGUGACUUGGACCACCAAGAGCUGGCUGGGGCUGCAGAAGCAGCGCAUCUCAGUCGUUCUUCACGCGAUCGCAGAGCAGAUUGUGAAUGAGCUUGCCUGCGGCGAGGGCGGUCGAUGCCAGUGCGCGCUAGUCCCGUGCCCAGACAUGUCCCUCGGCGAGCUGAUCUACUUUCCGGUCCAGGCCAAGGGCCUGCAGCUCGCGAUUCUGGCCGAGGCGAGCGGGCUCGAGUGGACCGGCUUCACGGUCGACAAGUCGCCUGCAGGGCCAAAGAGCUGGCCCGCGAUCAAGGCGUCGGGCGCUUCGCCGUUUGGGCAGCUCCCUAUGCUGCGCACGCCAGGCGGGCGCGUGGUCGGCCAGAGCGUCGCGAUCGCGAACUACAUCGCGCACCGCGCCUCGAUGCACGGCGCGGGCGACGACGACUUUGCGCUCUCGCAGAUGUGCCUGGCGGAGGGCGAGGACCUCUACUCGCUCCUCCUCGGCGCGGAGCUGGCCCGCUGGAAGCCGCGCGAGGUGCGCGCUGCCAAGGCGGCGGCGGUUCGCGGCCUCAUCGCCACGACG